ACCUCGUGAUCCACCCGCCUUGGCCUCCCAAAGUGCUGGGAUUACAGGUGUGAGCCACCGCGCCCGGCCGGAAUGUUCCCAUUCUUAAUCUCUGUGCUUCCUGAUUUCACUUGACUUCCUUGUUAUCUUUCCUAAAAUUCUACGAAUCAAUUCACAACAAAAUCAUCAUUCUUUAAAAACUCCAGUGAUUUCUGAGAAUGAUAAGGAGCUGUUGCUUUUUGUUCACAUAUUAGUGAAAUUUGUUGAAUCCUAUAACAUUCUUCCUCUCAGACUGAAGUCAUUGAGAGACAGGGACGAUUUUAUAUAGCGAGAGUAGCUAAUUUGAAGGUAAUGAGAAAACACAGUAUUGGAAUAGAAGUAAGUUUUCUUUUGCCUUUUCCAUAUAAGUGGCCUUAAAAAAGCAAGGGUAUAUGGAAUACCAGUGGGAUAUAUGAGGAAGGGAUACCAAUGCUUUUUUUUUUUUUUUUCCAGAACAAAAAGAGAGGAAGUUCUUUUUCAUUUCAGUUUCCUUUACUAGAUGAUAUCCCAUUCCUAAGAUCCAGAAUUGAAAAUAGUGCUACACAUUAUCUACACUAUGGACUAAACACUAUUCUGUGGGUUAACUGGAAAACCUAAGCUCACUUUGGAACAUUAUUUCUGUGAAAGCUAUCUUCUCUGACUUGGAAAUUUCUUGCAACAUAAUUCUUUAUGGUGUGAAGUUUUCUUCUAGAUGAGGAGAGCAAUUGUAAAAAGGAUGUGAUGGGACGAUUCAAACUAGUGCCAAAUGCAUCAUGUAGGUAGAGAAGCUAUGAACUCAUAGGAUUAGGAGAUUUUAAAAAAUAUGUGGACUCACACAAAGUUAUUUGCCAUUCACUCUAGUACUCAAGCUCAUAGUGACUAGGCAGAAUGGCAAGCCACUCAUUUUGUUGCUUCAGCCGACUUGUUAAAACCAAUGCAUCACGGAACUACUGUUAGGUCAAGAAAAUAAACGAACUGGCUGGUUGGCUUCCUGAAACUUGAAACUUUCAAAAGGAGAAGUUAAGGGCUUUCUUCGUAUGUUUGAUCCAAAAAUAACAGGCAACCAACCUUUCAAAAGAGUCAGUGGUAAAAGGGAAAAGAGUGAGAGUGGAUGCUGGGGGUGGAAGAAUAUUCUGAAGAAUGACUGCCACAUACCACCUCCCCCAGCUCCUCUAAAGGAAAAAAAGUUAGUUUGCUACCAUUCCUGUUUCUCAGGAUACCUCAGGGCAAAGAAACACAGGCCAGGGUGGGGAAAUGGUCUGCAUCUCCAUGGUAUGACUGUAUAACACAGUUCCCAAGCCAAUUUCUGUUUCCGCUGAUAAGUUUUCCCACUUUCAGACCAUGUCCUUAAAAUGAUUGGUGUUUAUUCCUUUCGUCCUCCAGUUAUUUUCCUUUUUCUUUUUUUUUUCACUGACUAGGAUGGAAGUAAAAAGGCAGGACCUUGAGCAGUCACCUUGGAUCCCGAAAUGAAAGUGUUAUACUCAGAUUAGUCCGAAAGAAGGGUGGCAGGUGUACAGCUCAGCUCAAGAUCCUGAUGGGCGGUGCAUUUGCACAGUUGUUGCUCCGGAACAAAACCUGUGUUCCCGGGAUGCCAAAAGCAGGCAACUUCGCCAACUACUGGAAAAGGUUCAGAACAUGUCCCAGUCUAUUGAAGUCUUAAACUUGAGAACUCAGAGAGAUUUCCAAUAUGUUUUAAAAAUGGAAACCCAAAUGAAAGGGUUGAAGGCAAAGUUUCGGCAGAUUGAAGAUGAUCGAAAGACACUUAUGACCAAGCAUUUUCAGGAGUUGAAAGAGAAAAUGGAUGAGCUCCUGCCUUUGAUCCCUGUGCUGGAACAGUACAAAACAGAUGCUAAGUUAAUCACCCAGUUCAAGGAGGAAAUACGGAAUCUGUCUGCUGUCCUCACUGGAAUUCAGGAGGAAAUUGGUGCCUAUGACUACGAGGAACUACAUCAAAGAGUACUGAGCUUGGAAACCAGACUUCGUGACUGCAUGAAAAAGCUAACAUGUGGCAAAUUGAUGAAAAUCACAGGCCCAGUUACAGUCAAGACAUCUGGAACCCGAUUUGGUGCUUGGAUGACAGAUCCUUUAGCAUCUGAAAAAAACAACAGAGUCUGGUACAUGGACAGUUAUACUAACAAUAAAAUUGUUCGUGAAUACAAAUCAAUUGCAGACUUUGUCAGUGGGGCUGAAUCAAGGACAUACAACCUUCCUUUCAAGUGGGCAGGAACUAACCAUGUUGUCUACAAUGGCUCACUCUAUUUUAACAAGUAUCAGAGUAAUAUCAUCAUCAAAUACAGCUUUGAUAUGGGGAGAGUGCUUGCCCAACGAAGCCUGGAGUAUGCUGGUUUUCAUAAUGUUUACCCCUACACAUGGGGUGGAUUCUCUGACAUCGACCUAAUGGCUGAUGAAAUCGGGCUGUGGGCUGUGUAUGCAACUAACCAGAAUGCAGGCAAUAUUGUCAUCAGCCAACUUAACCAAGAUACCUUGGAGGUGAUGAAGAGCUGGAGCACUGGCUACCCCAAGAGAAGUGCAGGGGAAUCUUUCAUGAUCUGUGGGACACUGUAUGUCACCAACUCCCACUUAACUGGAGCCAAGGUGUAUUAUUCCUAUUCCACCAAAACCUCCACAUAUGAGUACACAGACAUUCCCUUCCAUAACCAAUACUUUCACAUAUCCAUGCUUGACUACAAUGCAAGAGAUCGAGCUCUUUAUGCCUGGAACAAUGGCCACCAGGUCCUGUUCAAUGUCACCCUUUUCCAUAUCAUCAAGACAGAGGAUGACACAUAGGCAAAUGUGAUAUGUUUUCAUUGAUCUAAACAGUGUAACUUGUGAUAAACUCUAUAGGACCCCUUCCAUUUUUUUUCUUCAUUAUUAUUUUUCAUCAUUUCUCCAAAGCAAAGCAUUUUUAUUGUAAAGUUGGUGUUUCAAAAAAAUAGCUGAGCUUGUCUAACUUACCAUGUUGGAAACACAUCUUAACUUCUAAAUUUAUAAGGCCUAUCAUGUCCUUGUCAUGAAAAGCACUAAAACAAAGAGUUUAAGUGGCUAAAGUCAUAGUUUUGCAAGAGAUAAAUGAUCUGCCUUAUAUUAGAGUCAGAGACUAAUGGUGGCUUAAAUGCAUGAAUGUCUUUUUUUUUUUUAACUGUCAUUUUUUUACUGUCUUUUGCUCCAUACCAGGAAAUAUUUUGGUAGGAAUUAGAAGAACAAAAAGCACUUUUACCCCAUCUAUUUCUUUUUAAAAAAGUAAGGAUUUCAUUUAUAUUGAAAAACAAUAUUAAUCAUUUUGUUGUUAACACAAUUCUCUGAUGCGGUGCUGUACAGUCAUUUUUAAAUCUCUUGCUAACAUUUUAUUGGCAGUAUGUAUUUCUACCAUUGUAACCACCAUUGUGCUAUUGUAUCUCUUCACUUCUGUGAAAGUAAUAUUUUUUAUAAAAUACACUGAAAUUUAAUCUCAGUAAUUGAGUCCAUUUUCAAGUGUGGUCAAGAAUAAUCUUCUUGGCUUACCCCUUUACAUAAGCAUUAUAAACUAAAAUGAAGACCAAACCAGAUACCUUACAUAGAGUCUUUAUUUUAACCCAAGUUUAUUGGGCCACUGACAUUGAAUGCAACACCUCUUUUCGUACACCUUAGUUACUCUGCUCACUCCACUGAAUGCAACCCAUAUAGUUUUUGGCACAAGAUGCAGCUGGAUUCCAAAUAUUGGAUUUGAGUUGACUCUACUCAUUUCUUAUAUACUAAAGAAAUUUUGUUCUUCAUAGUUAAAUGUACUAGCAUUUAAUUUAUAUUUUACAUACAACUUGCAAUAAUGAAAUUCCUUAUGUCAGGACCCUGAAAAGUACAUAAGCACAUUUGAAAACUAUUAGAAAAAAAAUUUCUGUAAUGUCCUCUAGAUUUAGAUUAUGAGCCUUGAGGAGUUAUUGGCAAGAUUUGUGCAAAAUAAAAUGAUGGGGAGACUUGGGAGUUGUCUUUGUGGUUUCAAAAGUGUAAAUAACCAAUUCAGAAAACAACCCCUUGUUACCUUGAUUCACUGUAUGUGGGAAAAUAAUGUAAUCGAAAGGGAAGAGCUUUAAUAAUACUUACAUUAGUAACUCUACAAAACAUAUAAUCAAACUACAUAUCAAACAUUUCAUUGAGUUUGACUGCAUUUUCCACAUAUUAAAACAAUAGUUCCCUAAGGCAGCUUUAUGGCAACUAAUAUGGGUUGGUUUUACUAUUUAAAAAGUAUAUUCUAUAAUAAAUAAUAAAACAUUGUUUUAAAUGUUUAGUUUCACACAUACAUAGUACCACAAUUUUCUUUGGAAGAUAAGGAUGUAACAAUUUAGAUAAAGCAUCAUGUAAAGAAAUCCUAAUGUGUAAGUGUAAUUCAUUUCAAAUAUCACAAGUAAGGCAUCAUCCUCAAAUAUCUCACUGUCAAAAUUGUAGAAUUAAAUGACCCAAUAUUGAAACUGUCAAA